UUGCCCCGCCGGGUGAUAUAAGCGGGGCUCUGGGGAAUGGGCUGUUCAGUGAGGGAGGAUGUCUGGAGUUAUGUACCCGGUGCAGUAUCAGGGUUAUGGCGUGCCCUACAGGCAGCCUGCCCCCUACUACAAGCCCAAACAACCCUACUGGAAGCCGUCGUACAAGGGAGGCCAGGGACCCCUGAAGUCCCAGCUUCCGUUUGACUGCCUGGACAGCUACAGGUGGGCCCAGCUCAAGGCCUUACUGAGCCAGCUGGGCCCGGAGCUCGGCCGCCACUUCACCCGGGAGAUCGGGGUUCAGGUGAACCCCAGGGUGGAUGCGUCCGUUCAGUGCUCGCUGGGGCCCCGCACUCUCAGGAGCCGCAAAGGAGGGCCCUUCCUGUGCCGCCCCGUCCCGGGGCAGCACGCCGGGCUCAGCAUCAUCUCGCCCGUGAGAUUUCCGCGCACUAUAGCGGUGUAUUCCCGCCUGUCUGACCGGAGACUGUUCACCGUCUCCCCUCUACGCGGCAGGGAGGAGGCGAAGGAGGAAGAGGCCCAGGAAGAGGCCCUGGACAUGGAGGAGGAGGCCAAGAGCCGGAGGCCGACCUUCCAGUUCCUGGAGCAGAAAUACGGCUUCUUCCACUGCAGGACGUGCCAGGUGCGCUGGGAGAGCGCCUACGUGUGGUGCGUGUCCGGAACCAACAAGGUUUAUUACAAGCAGUUCUGCCACAAGUGCCAGAAGGGGUAUAAUCCAUACUACGUGGAGGCCAUAGAGUGCCAGAUCUGUCAGAAGGCCUGGUGCUCCUGCCCCGAGAGGAAGCACAUCGACCUCAAGAGACCCCACUGCCAGGAGCUGUGCGGCCGCUGCCGGGGACAACGGCUGUCCUGUGAUAAAACAUACAGCUUCAAAUACAUCGUGUGAGCCCCCCCUCGCUGCCAGACCCCCCCCCCCACAGGUUUUGGGGUUGCCGUCGGAAACUAUGGCGGCUUCGGCCGGCGUGUAGAUUUUUGUACUAUAUUUGCAGAUUUUCUUUUUGUAAAGAGACUGUUUUUUGUAAAUAAAAUGAAUAUAUUUGUUUUGUUCGGAAUGUAUAGACUCGGACCCACUCACGGUAACGGACGCGUCUCGCAGGGGCCACGGUCUGCACCUCCUCGCCAGCGCUGUCAUAUUUUUGUAUAAAUGGCACUAAUUGUUAUUCGGUUUCAUUGAAACGUAAAGCACUGCAGUCCUAAAAUAAAAAAAUCUCAAGUA